UAAAAUUUUGCACAUUGCACAAUGAUGUAUGAACAAAAAUUCAAACGUCGUUAUCAAACUACAUGAUCAGCUUUGUACUCUAAUUUAAUGACGUGAGGCAAAGAGAAUUGAAUAAAAAGAAAAACAACACACGAAAAGUGAACAAAAAAAUAUUACUGCAAUAAUAAGAAAAUUUAAAAGAUACACAUAAAUAAAAUCAAAAAGAAAAAUCAAUUUUUCUUACAAUUUAUCAAACAAUUGUUAUUUGCUAAAUUAAUCAAAUUAAAUUUUUUGUAAAAAUAACAAGUGAAUCAUCUAGAAAACCUAGUAAAACCAAAACAAAGAGUUAAACAGUUCAGAAAAGUAGUAAAAAUAAACAACGAAAACAAAACACCAACACAGAGUCACAACACUCAAGCAAGAGUAGGGCGGCUGCUAGACGAAAUGGUUGGUAUAUUGGAUGACACCUGCUUGCGUUACCCGUUGGGAACACGUAUAAAGAUUGGCGAAAACUAUGGUACCGUACGCUAUGUGGGAGAGGUUGCGGGUUAUCAGGGCAACUGGCUGGGUAUUGAAUGGGAUGAUCCUAAAAGGGGUAAACAUAAUGGUACGGUCGAUGGUAAACAUUAUUUCUAUAGUAUGCAUCCAACUGCUGGCAGUUUUAUACGUCCCGGAAAAGUUGGUCCCUGCGAAUCACUAGAGGACGCAGCACGUGAACGUUACUUGGGCUAUACCGAUGGUGCUUUGGAUAAACAGUUGAUACGAGAAACUCAGGCUUCCAUACAGGCGCCUUUGUUUGAAAUUGUUGGCAUGGACAAGUUGGCACGUAAACAGAGUAAAUUUGAACAAUUAAGCGAAAUUAGUGUAGACAAUUGUCCCAUUAAUUCGGCGGGCUAUUUAAAGGAAUUUACUUCCUUAACCACGUUAAAUUUGACUCAUACCUUAGUUUGGAAUUGGGAAAUAAUUGCGGACAUAUGUCAACAAGUACCCACUUUAAGAGAUUUAAAUUUAAGCGGCAACCGUUUGGUAUUACCCAACGACUCCCAAGUGUCCGAAUUAUCUAAAGCUUUCAAUAACCUGAAGUAUAUAAAUUUGCGCAAUUGUGGCUUUACCGAUUGGGCUCAUGUCAUGCAAACGGCUCGUUUGUGGCCUUUCAUAGAAUCGUUGGGUUUACAGGAGAAUCCCAUAAGUCAACUAAGCGUUGUCAAUACCAAGGAGAUUUUCAGGAAUUUAAAAGAACUAGAUUUGCAUCGCACCAAGAUAAUGGAUUUUGAUCAAGUUUGUAAAUUGGGCAAUAUCAAGACAUUAGUAUCGUUAUAUCUCAUGGAAAAUGGCAUUGAAGAAAUUAAAUUACCCGAUUGCGAUGCAAACGUUAAAUUGGAUAUGUUCAAUUCAUUGGAACAAUUAAAUCUACUUUAUAAUCCAAUAUGGAAUGAAACGGAGGCAUUCAAUGAAUUGGAUAAAUUGCCACGUUUAAAAAUGUUGUACAAAACACCCGAUCUUAAAUCGGACUUUGAUGAAAUGUUUGCUAAAGCAGUUGCAUCGAUCUCAAAUUUAGAAGUUUUAAAUAAAAUACAUUUAACGGCCGAAGAAAGGCGGGGAGCGGAGUAUGAUAUAUGGAAGAAAUAUGCAGUAGAAUGGAUGCAAGCUUCAAAAUCGCCAGAAACCCUAAAAGAGUUCUAUAAAAAACAUCGCUCUUAUGCAACAAUUAUUAGGAAAUAUGGUUCUCCGGCCGAGUUUAUACCGAACAAUAAAAAAAUCUCAAAAUUAAUUAAAAUACGUAUACUCAAUACUCAAACAGGCGAAGUAUGGGAAAAGAAAUGUCCCCGUAUGAUUACAGUACAAACCUUACUUGGUCUUAUUGUUAAACAUUUUCAAAUGGAUUCCACCAAUUAUUCACCACAAUUGAGUUAUAUUGAUCAUAAAUAUCCCGAUUUGAUAGUACCUUUAGAUAAUUUAUCCAAAACUUUGGAUUUUUAUUCGUUACAAGAAAACGAUACGGUACAGGUUAAAUGGUAACUUUAGUAAAAGAAUGUAAAUCAGUAAACUGAUGUGAAAGCAACUUUCAUUUACAUCAUACACACUUAUGUUUAAUAAUUUUGUUUAUUUGGUUUCCUUCCAAAUUGU